GGCUGCAUCCGGCGCUUAGAAAAGUGAGAGUCGGAGUGUCCUAGUCGUUCUACAGUAUCCUGACUGCUUCUUCUUGGUCACUCUUGGGUUAGUAGCCACAGCGGAAGAAAUGUCUUCUGUAAAAAGUAGUCCAAAACAGGAAAUAAUUUCUGAACUUCAUAAUUCAGCUGCAGAAGGAGAUAUUGCUAAGUUAACAGGAAUACUUCACCAUUCUCCAUCUCUUCUCAAUGAAACUUCUGAAAAUGGUUGGACUGCUUUAAUGUAUGCUGCAAGGAAUGGGCAUCCAGAUGUUGUCCAAUUUCUGCUUGAGAAAGGAUGUGACAGAUCAAUUGUCAAUAAAUCAAGGCAAACUGCACUGGAUAUUGCACUAUUUUGGGGUUAUAAGCAUAUAGCUAACUUACUAGCUAAUGCUAAAGGUGGGAAGAAGCCUUGGUUCCUAACCAAUGAAGUGGAAGAAAGAGAAAAUUAUUUUAGCAGAACACUACUGGACCGGAAAAGUGAAAAAAGAAAUAAUACUGACUGGCUACUAGCUAAACAACGCCAUCCAGCCACAAUUUAUAUCCUUUUCUCAGAUUUAAAUCCCUUAGUUACUCUAGGUGCCAAUAAAGAAAGUUUCCAACAGCCAGAAGUCAGGCUUUGUCAGCUGAACUACACAGAUAUAAAGAACUACUUGGCCCAGCCGGAGAAGAUCACCUUGAUUUUCCUUGGAGUAGAGCUUGAAAUGAAAAAAGAGUUACAUAAUUAUGCUGGAGAAGUCCCAAGAGAAGAGGAAGAUGGGUUGGUUGCCUGGUUUGCUCUCAGUAUAGAUCCUGCUUCUGCUGAAGAAUUUAAGCAAUGGCAUGAAAAUUGUUAUUUUCUUCAUCCUCCAAUGCCAGCUCUUCUGCAGUUGAAAGAAAAAGAAGCUGGGGUUGUAGCUCAAGCAAGAUCUGUUCUUGCCUGGCACAGUCGAUAUAAGUUCUGCCCAACCUGUGGAAGUGCAACUAAAAUUGAAGAAGGUGGCUAUAAAAGAGUAUGUUUAAAAGAAGACUGUCCUAGUCUCCAGGGUGUUCAUAAUACCUCAUAUCCAAGAGUUGAUCCAGUAGUAAUCAUGCAAGUUAUUCAUCCAGAUGGAACCAAAUGUCUUUUAGGCAGGCAGAAAAGAUUUCCCCCAGGCAUGUAUACUUGUCUUGCUGGAUUUGUUGAGCCUGGGGAAACCAUAGAAGACGCUGUUCGGAGAGAAGUAGAAGAGGAAAGUGGAGUGAAAGUUGGCCAUGUGGAGUAUGUCUCUUGUCAGCCAUGGCCAAUGCCCUCCUCCUUAAUGAUUGGUUGUUUAGCUGUGGCAGUAUCUACAGAAAUUAAAGUUGACAAGAAUGAAAUAGAGGAUGCCUGCUGGUUCACUAGAAAACAGGUUGUGGAUGUUCUUACCAAAGGAAAACAGCAGGCAUUCUUUGUGCCACCAAGCCGAGCUAUUGCACAUCAACUGAUCAAACACUGGAUUGGAAUUAACCCCAAUCUCUGAAUUAAGAAUUAGACUUUAUUUGAGCAUUAUUUGAUUUUUUUAAUACCACUUAUCCUCAAGUGGGAUUAGAAAUAAUCAGUGCUCCUUAGUGUCAUAAUACAAAAUCCUCAUAUUGGGCUCCCAAAAUAUCUUUAAAGUAUUCUUUCCAUCACUAGCUCAGAACUCAUAUCUCUAUAAAUUAGAACAUAUCCUUAAAUUUUCCUAAAUUUGGGGUCAGCCUUUGAGCAUUUUUUUUGGUUGUACUUCAGAAUUUUGUCUUAUAAAAUCAUAUUUCUAAUAAGAGACAUCAUAUUGUAAAGAAGUAUGUUCUAGAAAUGUUAAUAAUCCUAAAUUCUAGUUCCUCUACUCAGCAUUAGACUUCUCACUACCAUUCCUUAUUUGAGAAAUGAAACAUAAUAAUUUUGAUGAAUUUUUGAACUCGUAUUGAUACUCAUUUCAUUACCAUAAAGGCCUUGUAAGUUGUCAGUCUCUGAUUUUGCUCAUCUUCCCAUUGCCUUGCCACUUACUCUUUCCUUCCUCCUGGUUCUAUUGCUCUGCUAGUGGUGCUGUGAGAUUAUUGCUACUAGUCUAAUUUGACCAAUGUUAAAAAUUUCUGUAUUUAACAAUUAGCCCUACUAGUAAUCUCUUUGGAAGGGGAGCUAAAGUAAGAGCAUAUCAUUGUGUCUGGGAGCUUUUCCUUAAACCUAAAACUAAUUAAGGCAAAUCAAGACUCUCUACUUUUUCACUGAAAUUAAACAUAUUUGAAAGGAAUUCUCAGGAGUCAGAUACAAAUAAAUCCCAGAUAUAUUUACAUUUCAGUUAAAAGCACUGGCUUUACUUCAUUUUGUGAUGAGGGAUGUAUUUAUUUUCAUAAAAGAAUUCUAUAAUAAUUAUCAUCAAUAUUUAUAAUAUUCAAGUAUAUAAUCUUGGUUUUGACCUUAGUACUUGCUAAGAAACCUUGAUAAGUAUAUUUUAGAACUGAAUUGGCAAGAUUCUAGAAAAAGUAAAUUAUAGUAAUUUGCAAUUUUAUAACACAGAAGCAUUUUAAUAACCCAAGGCAAGAUUUUCCCUUUAUUAGGAAAUAUUAGCUAUCACCAAAAAUAUGUGUAGAGUAAAUUAAAAGAAGGGAUAGUAAGAAUGAAUUUAGCUUGCCAAAUAUUGUUAAAGUUUUAGAUAGUCCUUAAAAUUUGUUUAACUUAAAUAAGAUGAUAUUCUUAGACAAAACCAUUUUAUUAAUAAGCAAUUUUUUUAGUAAUUAAUGAAUGCUUAUUGAU